UGUUAUUAUCAUUACUGAUUACCAUACUUAUAUGAUGAGAAUUAUUACUAAAUGACAAUCAUUUCUAUGAAACACUAGUGUAUUUCUAUAAACUGAAUAGAUAAUAAUGAUGAUAAUGUUGAUAAUGUCCACUUACCCUAUGGAUUAUUAAUUAUAUAUAUUAAAUUUAUCCAUCAGUAUUAUAAUAACACUUAAAUAUUUUAGACAACAUUUAGUUAGAAUCAAGGGGAAAAAAAUUAAUAGACAAAUGAAUUUACUGAAAUAUUCUUUAGUUUCUAUGAUGAAAAAUAUAAAAAACGGCAAUAACCAUAGCAACACGCACACACACACAUCCGCACACAAUCUAUUUCAAGUAAUAUUUAUUUGUUAAAAUGAUAAAUCAAUGUUGGAUAUCAAAAAUAUCAUGAUCUUUAUUUAUUAAAAAAAAAGAAAAAAAAGAAAGAAACUAAAUAAAUAAAUAAAAUAAUUAUUAUAUUCUAUACAAACUUUCAAUGUAUACUACUUACAAAGAUUGAUAUUUUAAAAAAAAUAUUUUGUGAACAUUAAAGAGUGAUUAAUUUUAACAAAUCGACAUUUGUAAUUAUAUCCUAUUCCGCAUUUUCUACUUGAGUACGCACACACAUACAUACAUACAUCCAUACACGUAUAUACAAUAAUAUACGUGUUUCUUUUUUAAUUGGAUUUAUUAAUUAUUAGCCUCUAAAACGACCAGCAUCUCAAUGCUUGGUCGUUUGAUGUGGCGAUGACCCGAGGUGAUCAUCGUAGAUCCGGAGGGCACGAUUAUCGUCGUCACACAUCUGGACAUAUACACUCAUCUGAUUCACACCCACGUACAUUUAGCGGAGGUGCAACACAUAGUGAAGUUGGUGAAGGCGGUGUAGGCGGUCUUGUUGGUGAUAGUCACGGUGGUCAUUCAUUCGGUGGUCACGAACAAGGCGGAGUAAUGGAUGCUACGUUCAUCUGGAAAUUAACUAAGCUUGGAAGAAUUGGAUCAUCACGGCUAAGAUUUGAUGAUGAUUUUGCUGAUAGACUUAACUAUCAGUAUACUGGGGUAUUGAUGUUUCUUUUCAUUGGUCUUAUUGGAAUUCGACAAUAUGUUGGUAAACCUAUUCAAUGUUGGAUUCCACAAGAGUUUACGCGUGGUUGGGAAGAAUAUGCUGAGAAUUAUUGCUGGGUAUCGAAUACUUAUUUUGCUCCAUUACAGCAUAGUUUACCUCCAGCACCGGAUAGAGAGAUGUUACUUAUCGGUUACUAUCAAUGGGCACCAAUUGUAAUGGCUAUACAAGCUAUGUUAUUUUAUUUACCAUGUCUUAUAUGGCGUUUAUUUAUGGCUCAGUCAGGUUUCAACGUCAGACGUAUUCUACAAAUGUCAUGUGAUUCUAAUGUUCUACUACCAGAGCAUACAAUGAAAAAUGUACGCUUUAUAGCUCGUUAUAUGGAAGGUUGUAUUUAUAGACAAAGAGAUUAUAGGAAAAGAAAAUUAUCAACAGUUUUAGGAUUUUCUCCUACAAGUUACACUGGUCUUGGACAAUCACCACAUAUACAUGUUCAUCAACACUAUUCACCUUCUUAUCCUCCUCAUCUUCAUCAACAACAACAACCACAUCCACAUCUGCACCAUCCCCCUCCACCACCACCACCUCAUUCACAUACCCAAUCACCACCAUAUAUGCCUACAAGUCAUCUUCAUCAGCAAUUAACAACAGUUAAUUCAAGACAAUCACCUAUAGGCGGUGAUGAAAAUCGUUACAACAAUGAUCAUCAAAUAGAAUCCACAUUGAUUACAUCACCACGUCGUGAUUCUAAUACAUCAUUAUUCGAUAAAAUCAGACAUAGUUUCUCUAUAGAUGAUAAUAAUAAAAAAAGUAAAAAACGAUUACCAUCUGUUACAGAAGAAGCUAAUACAUUAGUUACAACAAUGGAAACAUUAAAUUCUAGAAAUAGUGGUGAUUAUCAUCCAAUGAUUGGACGUUUAAAAAUUGAUGAUAGUCAUACUCAACAAAAUAUAACAACAAAUGUGAAUACAACAAAUUCAUAUCGUUCUAUUCAUACAUUAUCACCUACAUUAUAUAAAUCACAAGAAAAAUCAUCAUUAAAUUUACAUAAGAAACAACAUUUUCAUUAUUGUUGUACAUGUUUUUGUGGUAAACGUCAGGGAAAUUUUUUAGUUCUCUUAUAUUUUUUCACUAAAUUCUUAUAUUUAACAAAUAUUAUUGGACAAUUAUUUAUGAUGGAAAAAUUUGUUGGUAAUGAUAGUACAUUUUAUGGAUUUCGUGUAUUAUAUGAUUUAUUAAAAGGACGUGAAUGGUUUCAUUCGGGUAAUUUUCCACGUGUAACAUUUUGUGAUUUUGAAGCGAAAAAACUUGGAAAAAAUCAUAAAUAUACUCUACAAUGUGUCCUUCCACUGAAUAUGUUCCUCGAGAAAAUCUACAUAUUUCUAUGGUUUUGGCAUUGUUUAGUUGGUAUAAUUACAUUGAGUAGUUUUAUUAUUUGGUUCUAUCGUAUGGGAUCAUCAAAAUGUCGUAUUAAAUUCAUUCGAAAAUAUUUAAAAAUUAUGUCAGUUAUGCGUGAUACAGAUAAAGCGGCAACUAGUAAAUUUGUUGAAAAUUAUUUACGUCCAGAUGGUGUUUUUUUAAUACGUUUAAUAUCAAUAAAUGUUGGUGAUUUAAUGGCUGGUGAUUUAACUUGUGAAUUAUGGCAUAUUUAUCGACAUAAACGUUUACAUGAAACUAUGGAAGAACAAAAAUAUCUUGAUGCAUUUAGUAAUACACCAGGAGAUUAUUUGAUCAAUAAUAAUAACAAUAAUAAUGGUUCCAAUUAUAUUGGUGAUACAAAUGAUUUAAUAUUAGGCACAACUAUACCAUCUUCAAGAUAUUCAAAUAAAAAUCAUUCACCAACUGCACCACCUAGUCAAAAUGCAAUCAUUAGUACAACUUCAAAUGUUACAGUAUCUGGAACAAAUAUCAAUAAUACAAUGAAUCAUAGUUCUAGUAAUAAUGAUGAUAGUAUUGUUUAA